ACAGAGCGGACGCAGCUUCCUGGAUGGAAACAAAACGCAGGGGCAGAGCAGACACACAAACAUACACACUAACAGACCAGACAGGAGGGAGCAGGACGUCUGAACAUGUUUUUAGUUUUUCUCUAAGCCUGGUGCGUGUGUGGACGAGGCGGUGACGGGGCGACAGUGGAAUAAGGCGGUGACAGCAGAGGUUAUUAUAACAGCAGACUGUAUCAACACAUGUGCCUAUGCCACAGUAAGAGCACUGCGGCUGUGGAUCUGGACUCGGGCAGCUUCUACACCCAGUGGUCCAGAGGCAAGGAAUAUGGAGGCUGUAGCUCCUCUCCGUCCCCAGCAGAAGGGCUAGGAUCAGCCUGAUUUCUACCUCCCAAUCGCUCCAACAUGGCCAGCAGGAGUAACACCCUAAGUCUGGAAGCUGGCGAAUCGACACCAGGGACCCCUGAGGCUGGCGCUAACCCCCAGCAGCAAUCUGAAGCCUUCUGCAAGCUGUGCCUCAGCGAGCAGCCGCGUGCAGCCACCAAGGAACUGCUAAGCUGCAACUGUGUCUUCUGCACAGCGUGUUUGGAGCAGUAUGUUCAGCUUGCCAUCAGGGAGGGUGGGGGGGCACCCAUCACCUGCCCAGAUAUGGCCUGCCAAAAGACCGGAGUGCUACUGGACUCUGAGAUAGCUAGCUUGGCCCUGGAAGAUCAGGUGGAUCUGUACCAGCGACUGAAGUUUGAGAGAGGGGUAAAGCUGGACCCCAGUAAAGCCUGGUGCCCAGUUUUUGAAUGCCAGGCGGUGUGCAAUGUGCCGCUGAGCAGCGAGGGCCAGCCCACCGCUGUGUCCUGCCUGACCUGUCACACCAUCUUCUGCUCUGGGUGCAGAGGGCCCUGGCAGGACGGCCAUACCUGCCCUGAGCGUCAGCCCAUGAUGUCGCCCUCACCCUCCCAUGAAAGCAGGGCCCGCUCCGACAGUGACUCUGACAUCCCCAUCAAGCAGUGUCCCAUGUGUGGUAUCUACAUUGAGAGGAACCAGGGCUGUGCACAGAUGCUGUGUAAGAGCUGCAAACACACCUUCUGCUGGUACUGUCUGCAGAAUCUGGAUGGUGAUAUCUUCCUGAGGCAUUAUGAUAAGGGACCGUGCAGAAACAAGCUGGGACACUCCAGGGCCUCGGUUAUGUGGAACAGAACGCAGGUGGUGGGCAUCCUGGUGGGGGUCAGCAUCAUCGUGCUGGUGACGUCUCCCCUCCUCCUGCUGGCCUCGCCCUGCAUCCUGUGCUGCAUUUGCAAACCCUGCAGCGGGAAGAAGAAGAAAAAGAAGAAGAAGAAGACGACAGAUCUCAGCCAACCGGACUCCUCCACAUCAUAGCAGCUCUCCUUCUCAUCAGCUCAGCCCAGGAUCACUAAUCUCAUGAAGCCCGAUGAAACCGAGACGGUGCAAAAUAAAAUUGUGCAAACUGCAUGGUUGGAGCAACAAUGGAGUACUUUUUUCAGGACUCGAUGGACUGGGAGCCUUGAAUAUGGUUCAGUGAUAUUGUCGAGAUCAACAAGUCCAGACUUGCAUCUUAAAGCUCAGUGAGAGAGCAGCUCAAAAAUUACUCUUGAAUUAUAAGUACAUGGACUUUAUGUGGUGCAGGUGUAAAUAUGAGGAGAAUGACUGUAACUCGCCUUGCUGUUGUCAGUUGCACAACAGGUAGUGAGGAGAUUGUGCGGUGGCUGGGAGUUUUCCUUGACAGGGCUUUUGUUAUCUCUCUCUCUCUCUCUCGCUCUCUCUCUCUUUUACACAAACAUACACACACACACUUGCACACAUGCAGUUCAAAGUGCAACACCACCCUCAUGUGCCAAACGUCAUGAUGCCAAACCAGAUGUGUUGGGUGCUCAAGUGCCUCGCUCUACAGUGCCUGGUGCUUGGUUGUAUUUGUUUUGCCUUCCAUUCUAUCUUUAUCUUAUGCAAAAAUGUUAGCAUUAUGAAAAUGGACAACCGUCAGGAUCACACAGGGUUAUAUUUCCCUAAACAAUGCAAAACAUUCUUUCACAACGGGAGAAGGCAAACGGCGUCACGUGUGCACUGUAUAUUCUGUGCUGAUAAGAAAUAUGAUAGGGCUUCAGUGGUGCACAGAGAACUCUUCUUCUGCAAAUGUUUGUUGUUUCCACCUGGCAUAAUGAUCCAGACCAAAGGCUCUAAAGGACAAUGUGUACUUUUCUAAAGUGUGUUGUGUAUUUAUGGGUUAUGUGUGUAUGGUUAUCAUUUCUACAUUUCUGUUGAUGUUUCUGCAUCAGACAUUUUAUAAAAGCGCCAUUGUAAUUAAAAUAAACACACUGCAUUGAACAUG